GGGGCCGCGAUGGCGACUCUGAGUGCGGGGGGGUCUCAGGGGGGCACCGAGGACGAACACGAGGUGGUGCGCGUGCGCGUCAAGAAGUGUGAGGGGCUGCUGCCACCCGAGUAUCGCUCCUUCGCCGUCGACCCCCAGAUUACGUCGUUUGAUGUCCUGCAGCACAUCCUAGUUCGUGCCUUCGAUCUUGGCGGGAAAAAGAGCUUCAGUAUCAGCUACAUGGGCCGAGACCGACAGGGUCAGGACACCUGGUUCCCGCUGCUGUCAGACGGGGACCUGGGUGCGGCCUUUACUGGAGCCUCCUGUCCCCACCUGCAGCUCCGGGUUGACAUCCGCACUGCCGAGGACAGCCCCCUGCUGGAGGACUGGGACAUCAUCAGCCCCAAGGAUGUGGUGGGCUCAGAGCCAUUGCCUGGGGAGCGCAGGUCACUGGCAGCUGCUGCCUUGCCUCUCACCCAAGCCAUCCUCUCCCAGGUGGGGCGCACACUGUGGCGGGUACAGCAGGCACUGAGCUGGACAGGGGGUGAGGAGACACCAGCCCCAGCACCGCCCCUGAACGAAGCUGAGUUCCAUGCGUUGCUGAGCCCUGAUGGGCGCCUGGCCCGGCCUGAGGACCUGCGGCUGCGCGUCUACCAUGGUGGUGUUGAGCCCUCCCUGCGCAAGGUUGUGUGGCGCCACUUGCUGAACGUAUACCCAGUCGGGCUGACAGCGCCACAGCGCCUGGCCUAUGUGCGCCGCAAGGCCCGGGAGUACGAGGUGCUCAAGCAGGCAGCACCAGGUCGGGCACCAGGCCCUGAAGAUGCCGCCUUUGUGCGUGCUGCUGUGGCCAAGGACGUGGCCCGCACCGACCGGGCUCAGCCAUACUACGCUGGCCCUGAUGACGGCCCCCGCCUCCGGGCUUUGGAGGACCUGCUGGUCACCUAUGCUCUGGCCCAUCCCCGUGUCUCCUACUGCCAAGGCAUGAGCGACUUGGCGUCCCCACUUCUGGCCGUCCUGGAUGAUGAGGCUCAAGCCUAUGUGUGCUUCUGCGGCCUCAUGAAACGCCUGGAAGGGAACUUCCUCCCCGACGGCCGGGCCCUGGGCCUCAAGUUUGCCCACCUGCGGCUGCUUCUGCGCCGCCUGGACCCCCCUUUCCAUGCCUACCUGGCUGCCCGUGGUGCUGAUGACCUCUUCUUCUGCUACCGCUGGCUCUUGCUUGAGCUCAAGCGGGAAUUUGCCUUUGAGGAUGCCCUGCGGGUCCUCGAGGUGCUCUGGAGCUCCCUGCCCCCUGACCCCCCUGAGAAGGAGGUGGAGUUAGAGGGGCCCCCACUGGAGGGUGGCAGGGGGCUGGGAGUCCGGGGACGGCAUAUGAUGCGGCCAGUGGGUGGGGGAGGGGAAGAGGAAGAGGAGGGGGAAGGGGUGGGAGGGGGAAGGGGGUUUGGAGGGUGCUAUAGGCAGCCAGGAGCCCUGGCCCCACCUCUGCCCCCGCCACAGGAGUUGGGCCGAGGCAACCCUUUCCUGCUCUUUGUGUGUGUCGCCAUGUUACUGGAGCAGCGCGAGUGCCUCCUGCGACGUGACCUGGACUACGAUGAUGUGGCCGUCCACUUUGACCGCCUGGUGCGGCGCCACAGUCUGACCCGUGUACUGCCCCGUGCCCGUGCCCUGUUUGCCGACUACCUGCGCUCUGAAGUCUGGGACUCUGAGGAGGUCGAUGAGGCAGCUGCUGAAUCCCCCCAACCCUCCUGA